AUUAAAUUCAUUAACAAAAAAAUUAUGAUUUUAAAAUGUUUAUCAUUUGAUGUUAAAGCUAUUUGUAUAUUUAAGAAGCUUAAGCAUGAAUUUCAUACCUUUUAAAAUAUCAUUUUCAUUUGAAUUUGCGAACAAACAAUACACAAGUUUGCAACUUAAAUAUAAUCAGUUCUAAUUCAAAUUUUUAAACUUAUAAUAAUUUAUACAAUCUCUUUCUUUCCCUUUUAUAGAAAGCUGACAGUACUAAAAAUAAUGACAGUAAACUGGAUUUCUCAAGCGGCAGCAUAGGGACCGAAUUCGAGCCGAUCAAUGGCCAAAGUGAUAACAGUGAUUCCAGUGAUAGCUUCUUUUCUCGAGCACACAGUCAGCAGCAUACAACAAAAAAGAACAAAGACCGCAAAAUUCCAAUGGCUGAGCUAAAGAGGAAACAGGAACAAAAAAAUUUAUUAAAGGCAGCUCCAAAAACUAUCCCAUCAAAAGAUAAAGUUAAGCUGGCAGAUGUCAUGCAAGACAUUGAAUCAGAUACAAGAAAGCAGAUAUUUAAAUUAAUAAAGUAUUCUCCUAUUGUGGAAAUAAGCGCAAUCAACAAUAAGACAAGAACUGCUUAUAGCGCAAUCAGUUUGACUCGUCUACUAAAAAAUUUACAAUUGAUUGAACCAGACGGAUUACUUGAUAUUAAAGAAAUGCUACUGGCUGCAGAGGAAGUAGCACGUGACGUGAAAGAGCCUGUGAAAAUCGGUUCUGUAUUCGGCACCUUGAUAUAUGAUGAGAGCACACGCGGAAUGAAUAUAAAUUUACCUGAUAACUAUCAGCAUAUAACCUUCAGUAACAUCCUCGCAAUUUAUUAUUACCGCGACAAGACAAGUUGUAAAUAUGAACGUGUCCCCAUUUUCGCCCAGAAGUCAUUAAAUGGGUCAUCGAACUACAGCCCUGACCCGGGAUAUGUUGAUUUAGAUCCUGGUGUACGAAUUCUUUAUGCAACAAGAGUUAUCAAUAAAGCCGAUCCAAACUCGCCGCCAUUUAUCGAGACGACAAACAACGACUAUACGAGCAAUGUCACUGAUUUAAUAGUCGCGCAUUAUCUAUUGGAAUUUGCUGGUAUUUCGUCCUAUAUAUGUCCGCGCUGCGAUUCUGUAGUGAUUGGCACAGAAACCACCAAUAAUUGUAGCUUGAAUCACAAAACGUUGAAGAAAUUGCGACUUAACGAUUUCGAGAAAUGGCCGGAACCAGUAGUAAGUAAGGUGAAUGAAGUGUUGACGAAGCUGGGAAUGUCCUUGAGCGAAUUUAAAAACAGUAUUUCCCCCACAAUCAAUCGUCUUGCAAAGGACUACAAGUCAAUGUUCCGUGUUUCAAGGAACGUCAUAAAAUUCAACGUCACAAAAUCAUUCUAUGCUAUAAAAGAUGAUUCUUUUUUACGAGACACUGAAUCAAGCGAUCCGGUGAUGCUAUACUCGUACAAUGACCUUAAGCACAGAACCGCCAUCACAAAGAAUUCACAAAAGCAUACUUGUUUUCGUGAAUGUUUUAAAAAUAAACGUGACAAGGGCAAUUCUGAUGAAGAAACUGCAAUAAACGAGAAAGAAAAGAGAAGAGAACAAAAUAUCCAGUCACCGUCAUCUCUAAAGCCAUCGCCUAAAAGAUCAAAGGAAACGAUUCACUUCAAAUCAGAAUCACUUGCUGACGAAUCAUCAGACUCACUGUCUGCACCCUUCCGUCCUUUAUCUUUCGAUCCAGUAUUGUAUAUUUUACUAUUGAUGUAUAUGUUAAACGACGGCAUUUUAUCUUUCAGAAAAAAAAGUGUUGGAUAUGACAUUAGAGUUACUGGAUCUUUGUUGAUGGUGUUGAAUAUGAGUUUAGAGUUACUGGAUCUUAGUUUUUGGGAUUGGAAAUGA